AUGGUUUUGUGUAGGUCUAGUAUUCUUCAGCGCCAGCGCCAGUACCAGAACAGCGAAAAGCCCGUGUACUUGCGCCUUCCCCGCUCUAAGCUUUACUUUGGCACCUUUCUUGCCAUUUUCUGGACCGGGAUUUUUGGUAUCUCUGCCGGUUGCUUAAACAUGAUCAAGGGCAAGAAGGCCACUUAG